AUGGCAGCUACAAGUUUAGAUGGACAAAAUGGGAUUGUUACUCUAGCCAUAAAGGUGGUGAGGAAUGAAUGUGGUGAAAACUGGCACUUAUUUAUGAAAGAGCUGAAGCCUCUUAUUGAAGACCAUCCAGCUGGGAAGAUAACCUUUAUCUCAGACAGACAAAAAGGUCUCCAAGAGUCAUUGGAUGAGGUUUUCAAAGAACAUUUCAAAAGAUACUGCCUUCGUCAUAUGUUCAAGAACUUUAAGACUCACUUCAAAGGAUCAAAGUUGCACUACCUUGUAUACAAUGCUGCAAAAUGCUACAAGGAGAGACACUGGAAGGCCAAUAUGGAUGAUCUGAUCAAGUUGUCACCAGCUGCUGCAGCUUACAUGAUGAAAGAAAAACCAGAACAAUGGUCUAGGGAUUUCUUUGACCCAUCUGCAUGUUGUGAGCACCUUAACAACAAUUUCUCAGAGUCCUUUAACAACUUGGCUAAACCCAUGAGAGACAAGCCUAUUUGUACCCUUGGAAUGAUGUAUGGCCAGCUAGUUAUGGGUACUAUGUAUAAAAGAAGAAAUGUGAGUGCAAAUUGGGAAGAUGGUAAGUUGGUGCCAACUGCUCAAGACUUGAUUGAUGACAUGCAGAAAUGUUGUGGAGCAUUCAGGGUUAAUGAAGCUAUUAUUGAUAAGUUAUAUGAAGUGAAUACAAAUACCAAUGCUAUAUUUCAAGUUGAUGUGGUUGAGAAGACUUGUUCCUGUUUUCAAUGGCAACUUAGAGGCUUUGUAUGUCAACAUGCAGUGUGUGUGCUCAUGGACAUGAGAAUCAAUUGGGAAGAUUAUUGCAGCAAGUACUAUCAUGUGGAAUCUUACAAGGCAAUUUAUGCACCUGAGAUGGGGUUAUUAAUUGGAAGAGAAGAGUGGCCUGAGCCGUUGGUAGAAAUCAACCCACACAUAGAUAUGAGGAAACCAGGGAGGCCUUUCAAGAAAAGGAAGAGAGCACAUGAUGAACCUCACAGUGAGAAGGUGGUCAGAACUUGUAAGAUAUGCAAGAUGCCUGGUCACAACAGGAGGACAUGUGCUGGUGCACCAGUUGGAUCCAAUCCAAAAACAAAAAGAUAG